AGGGCCCUGGAAGAGGAGAACUGGCUGUCCAUCAGGAAGGACCCCACCAGGGGCCCCAGUCACCGCAAGGACCCCGACAGGGGCCCCAGUCACCGCAAGGACCUCGACAGGGGCCCCAGUCACCGCAAGGACCCCGACAGGGGCCCCAGUCACCUCAAGGAGCCCAACAGGGGCCCCAGUCACCUCAAGGAGCCCUCGACAGGGGCCCCAGUCACCUCAAGGAGCCCGACAGGGGCCCCAGUCACCUCAAGGAGCCCGACAGGGGCCCCAGUCACCUCAAGGAGCCCGCCAGGGGCCCCAGUCACCUCAAGGACCCCGACAGGGGCCCCAGUCACCUAAAGGACCCCACAUCCAAGCCCUCUGAGAGGGAGAGAGAAGCACCUCCGCUCCCCCCUCCUAUCCCUCCUCGGACAACAUCAUGGUACCUCGCCAGCCCCUCCCCUGAACUACAACUACACGUCCCAGAAUCCCUCAGUGGCUCAGGCAGGAAGUGCCACAGCCCCUGUCUCCUGUUAGACAGGAAGUGCAGCAGCAGCCCAUCGAUAGUGAGGAAGUUCGAGGCGAUGCUGCAGGAGAACGAGGGGAAAGUUCUGACGGAGGCGGGGUUUACCACCUGCGCUGUUCCCUUUAACUCCCACUGCAACGUGGGCUGUUGCCACAACCGCUGGUCCUGUGACGGGAGCCGCUUCGGCAGCAGCAAGUCGUCCACCUACGUGCCUGUCCAGAAGAGCCUGUCUGAAGUCAACAUAGUGAGUGCUGCUGAGAAGGACUUGAUCCACGACUACAGGCCCGUUGAGAAACCUAGAAGUCCUAGAAGCCCUGAGAGAGAGAGUCAUAUACAACCUGGAAACAAAGACCUAGCAGUUUCACACAUCUGUCUUGACCUUACCUUAGAGUUACCCCCUCCAGGCUCCAACCCUCCAGGCUCCAACCCUCCAGGCUCCAACCCUCCAGGCCACAGUAGGAAUAUGAUGCUGGAACAGGCCACUGCUGAGUUUAACAGGACACUCUUCCAAGCUGAGAUGGGUCGAGGGAUGGAGGACGAUGAUGUAGAGGACAGUUUUACAUCAGCGGGUGUCUCUAAAGGGGCGUACCAGACGGUACGACGGUAUGUGGCGAGGUCACACACGGGGUCACCAGGGAGACGAACAUUGACCUCCCGCCACGGCACGCCACAGAGGUCAGACAGAAGGAGGUGAUCUGUGACAUCACAGCUCAGAAGCUGAGUUCAGGGAUCAAACUGAGCCAGGCCCUGCCCCCAUCUGACCCUCAUCCAGGGGUCACCGUCAGGACCUUUGACCCCCCUGCCACCUCUGACCUUUCACCCCAACGCCCAGAAGUUGCGUUUAGGAACAUGCCUUCUAACCCGGCAACACGCUGCCCUGAGGUCAAACACAAAGCUGGACCCCCCAACAGCCUGUUUAAGUCCACACUGCACAGGUCCAUCUCUAGUGAAUACAAGCAGCCUGCCCAGACUACACACACGGCUCCAGGACCAGAGGUGAGUGCCAGUCCGAAGAGGGACAUCAAGGCCCAAGGAGCGAGGCCUCAUUCCGUUAAGUCAUGCCCAGCGCCCCAGCGACCUGGGAGUCGCCCAACCACAACACAGGACAUCCUUAAAGCUGGAUCUGUGGGGUCAGGACUCUGUGUGCCUGGGGGGUCGGGACUCCGUGUGCCUGGGGGGGUCAGGACUCCGUGGUGUAAUGAGCGACCAGCCCUGGAAGCCCCUGACUCUGGCUGCGUUACGUCCAUCUGACUCCAGGUCUAAUUACGGCGCUGUGGAGAGGAUCCUGAAGAGCUACGAGAACACUGCCUGGAGCCAGCGGUACCAGAACCAUACCCAACCCACUGAGUCCAGCCCUAACCCUGGACCCAGCCUCAGCCCUAACCCUGGUCUCAGCCCCAGCCCUAACCCUGGUCUCAACCCCAGUCCUAACCCUGGUCUCAACCCCAGUCCUAACCCUGGUCUCAGCCCCAGUCCUAACCCUGGUCUCAGCCCCGUCCUAACCCUGGUCUCAGCCCCCGUCCUAACCCUGGUCUCAGCCCCCCGUCCUAACCCUGGUCUCAGCCCCAGUCCUAACCCUGGUCUCAGCCCCAGCCCUAACCCUGGUCUCAACCCCGUCUCAGCCCCAGCCCUAACCCUGGUCUCAACCCCCGUCUCAGCCCCAGUCCUAACCCUGGUCUCAGCCCCAGUCCUAACCCUGGUCUCAGCCCCAGCCCUAACCCUGGUCUCAGCCCCAGCCCUAACCCUGGUCUCAGCCCCCGUCUCAGCCCCAGCCCUAACCCUGGUCCCAGCCCCAGACAGGAAGAGGAACUCAUGGAUCUUCUGGAGGAGAUGAUGGAUAAGGAUUACUGGGAUCAGUCAGGCCCUGCCUCUGGACACUCCUCCCACACACACUCACCACAGCCAGCUGACCAGCUCCCACAGAGAGACAAGGCUAACCAUGCAGGAGUGUAAAGUAUCAUCCAGCUCCUCAUCAGUCCAGAAGAAUUUCUCUCGUCCGGCCUGUCCAGCCAACCGCCGCCCCCGUCACGCUGGGCUAGUUGUUCCCCCUCCACCUCUUCCUCCUCCUCCUCCUCCUCCUCCACCCCUAUAAACCAGCCCUCUUCCGGCUCCGCCCACAAACACACCUCAUUCUCCUACUCAGCCUAUCACACGGAGACAGUCAUCAUCUGACCCCUUAGCUGACCCUGUGUCUCAACCAAUAAGAUGCCUUUUGUUACUUUACGUACUCUGACAUUUCUUUUCUCAAUUCAUCCUUCCUUGAUUCCUUCACAUCGAAGGACCGAGUCGGGGGUAGGGACGGGG